CUGAUUGUGCAGCAGCAUACUGCAGACUACAGGUAAAAGCGACUCAACUCUCAUGUGAUCGGACUGCAAACCAAACUUUCACUGAAGAUUUUCAGAGUGCUGGUUUCAUGGCGUUUCUAACCAACAUCACCAUUCUUCUGGUCGUGGCGUGUGUGUCCCAUCAGCUGAUGCUGGGCGCCUGUCAGAAGAGCCAUGGACGGAAGGGGCGAGGCACGGACAGGGGACAGAACAAGGAUAGGUCAGGGCUGAAGAUGGACCGCCAACCUAAGUCUGUCUCUGCACAACCCAUUAAAGGAAAACUGGUCACCAAAGACAAGUCCGAGUGUACCUGGACAGCAACGGGCGAGGACAUCUUCAUCCUCAGAGUCUCCUGCAAGAAGGGGGAGAGGAGCUUCAGCUGCGAGUACACUGCCACACCGGCUGUUUGUCCCCAGUACACCUCCAACAAUAAACUUUACUGGAAGCAAAUUGCCAGGUCACUGAAGAAGCAGAAGAGCCUGUGCCAGGACAGUGGUGCGCUUGUCAGAGCUGGUAUGUGCAGAAAUGCUGCCACAGAUGCUCAUUUCAGACUCCGUGUUGCACAGAGGAGGAAGACUCUCCAGCCUUAUAUUCCACCUUCCACAACUGUCAAAUCCUGUCAACCCGAAAACAAGAAGCGAGCCGAGGAGUACUGCAAUGACUCCUGGUCAAGCUUAUGCACAUUUUUUUUUACAAUGGUUCAGGAUUAUGAUUGCUAAGACAGAAAACUGUAGUAAACUCAACUCAGCUUUGUAUGCAAUUACAUCAAUACUUAUCUUUAAUACUUGUGAUUUUUUAUAGAGGCUGAGGUUAACUGUUCACACAAAAUCAUUCCACCUUGCUAACACUGGUUUAUCCCUCAAUAAACCCUUUUUCUAUCUAUUCUAUGUGUAGUUUGAUUAGACAUAAAGACUACUGAGACAAAUGUCAAAUUCAUUGUGCCCACAUACUAUCACAGUGCAGCUGGUUCUCUAUCUAUUUCUCUGUUUCUGUGGAGUCUAUUACUUUACGUAACUUCACUUAAAUGCAUUUAUGUAACGUCACAGUGAAAAUGCCUGCAUAAAAAGCCCCAGUCUGCCCAUAUAAAACAAUAAUUCAUGUCAAACCCAGUUUCUACCUUUGCUAAAUGCGUACAGUCCUGAAGGCAUUUGCUGGGAGAUUAGAUGUUUGAGCUUGCUGGGUGUUGACAUAGUAAUUUAACCAAAGUGAGUGUGAUUUCUGGAAGAGUCAGCCCGCAUACCUUGGCACUGAGAAGCCUCUGAAGCCUCUGAAACUCUCAGUGUGAAGCCAUUAAAACUGCACUUAUUCAACUUGCAUAAUCAGAGUCAACCAGGAUAAAUGUAAUAAAACUGACUAUUGAAAUA